AUGAAAUAUUUCUCAAAAUUAGUUAGUCUUUAUAUACAAAAUCAAAAAAUUAUAAAUGCAAUUGUAAAAUGUUUGUGUUCAAAAUAUUAUGUUAAAAUGUUCGAACGAAUAGGAAGUGACGAAUUUCUCUUAAUAUCAUGUCCAAUGUACUGGAUCGGUUACACAGGUUCAGAUAAAGAAGAGACAGCUAAUAUAUUAUUAAAUGCGCUAUUACCAUCUUCAAUUCGUUUAUUACAAUUAAAACCUUCAAAACAUGUUACUCAUUUACUUGAUUUAUUAAAUCAUAGUUUUGCAUUAUGUAGUUCAACAAUAUUUACAAAUAAUAAUCUACUAGUUCCAAUAACAUAUACUUUAUUGUCGAUAAUAAGUGAUCAAUCAAUUUCCGAAGAAAGUCAAUCGAUGAUUAAAAGCAUUCUUCGCCUUUUGUUAACUUUGAUUAAUAAUAAUCAAAUGAUUUUCCAAUGUGUUCAACAACGUCAAGAAUUGUUUCAGAAUUUAAUUGGUUUAGAAGACGAAGCUUAUAUAAUAUUAGUGUCAAUAAUGAAUGAUUCAGAAAUUAAAUCUAUGAUCAACAGUAACGAAACUUUUGCUCUGUGCGUGCAAAAAUAUAUUGAACAACAGAACGAUACAAAUCAUUUCUUAACAGCAAGAUUAAAAUUUAUACUAGCAUCACCAGUAAAUGCAGAAGAAACAACAGUUCCACGUAUACCUCCUACUACACUUUCAUUUCAAUCGAUCUUUACAUCAAAUGAAAAUGAAAAUAAAGAAGGAAUAACGUUAAUGUGGUAUGAUAAGAACAUCGGUAUACGUGAUGAUACAAAAAAAACUAUUGAGUUACUUCAAAAAGUUAACGAUUAUGUUUUAAUUUGUUCAAAUCGUCAAACAUGUAUUGAAUAUAUUGAUCAAAUUAAAACAGAAAAAGUUUUUCUUAUUCUAUCUGGUAUAACUGCACAAGAUAUUCUUGAUGAAAUACAUGAUCAUCAACAAAUUGAUUCAAUUUAUAUUUUUUGUAUGGAACCUGAAAAGUAUGAAAUAUAUUUAAAUAAUAAUAUUUAUUCUAAAGUUAAUGGAAUUUAUACAAAAUAUGAACCAUUAUUAACUGCUUUACAAGAAAAUAUUCGUUAUUCAAUGAAACAAUCUGAAGCAAUUAGUUUAUUUGAUCAAGAUGAACGUUCGAUGCGAAAUUUAAAUGAAGAAAUCCAUACAUUUAAAUAUUUUCGUGUAUUCAAACAAGUUCUCUUAAAAACAGAAUAUAACAAUGAUAAAGCAAAAAAUGAUAUGAUCGAAAUAUGUCGAAAUUAUUAUCGAAAAAAUAAAAAAGAAUUAUCAGAUAUUGAUAAAUUUGAACAAACAUAUAAAUCAGAAGAUGCUAUUCGUUGGUAUACAAAACAAACAUUUGUUUAUCGAUUAGUUAACAAAGCAUUGCGAACAGAAGAUUAUGAAGCUAUGAUAAUACUUCGAUUUUUUAUUGUUAAUUUAUCUGAAAAUCUUCAACGAGAAUAUGAGGAUUACAAAAAAAAACAAAAUAAACAUUCACGUGUUCUUAUAUUAUAUCGUGGAUUAAAAUUACCUUUUGCAGAAGUCUAUUCACUUAAGCAUAACAUUGGUAAAACUAUUGCAACUAAUGGAUUUCUAUCCACUACCAGAUCAAAAGAUGUUGCUUAUAAAUUUGCUAAAAAAGGUAUAAAACGCACCGAUGUUGAAACAGUUAUCCUCGAGAUUGAAACUGAUUUUAAAAAAUUAACAAUACCAUGCAUUGAUAUUGCUCAAUAUAGUGUUUUUCCAAACGAACAAGAAAUUCUUUUCGAUCUAGGUGCAUCGUUUAUUAUAAAAUCGGCGGAUUAUGAUACUGAUCAAAAGAUAUGGCUUGUUAAAUUAUCAGCUGUGUCAGAAGAAACACCGAGCAAGUAUACACAAGUAUUACUUGAGGAAUACAAGUCAGAAACAGAUAUGAACAUAUUACUUGGUAAACUACUCUAUAAAAUGGAAAAAUAUGGGAUUUGUCGAAGGGUUUUUGAAAAGCUAUUAAAUUUCUAUGGAAGUGAAGAAUAUGAAAAAUUAGCUACAAUUUAUAAUUUUAUUGGAGAAUCAUAUGCAUACGAAAAUGAUUAUGAUAAAGCUAUUGUUAAUUAUAAAAAAGCUUAUAAUUAUUACAUAAAAUUAAGACAAUUUCAAGAUGCUGCCAUAGUAACAAACUACAUUGGUGCUGCAUAUUUUAAUAAAAAUGACAAAGAAAAUGCGCGAUUUUAUUGUACUAAAUCACAGGAUAUGUGGAAGGAAUUGCCAACCUACACAUCAGAAUAUAUUCAUUGUGAAAUUGGUUAUAUGCUGAAUUUAUGUGGUUGUUUAGAAGAUGAUAAUCAAAUUGCAUGUGAUUAUUUUUUGAAAGCUUUAAAGAUAUACGAGAAUCCAUCUAAAAUGUGCAAUCAUAUUCAACAUGAUCAUCGGAUUGCAGAAAUCUGUGAAAAUUUAGCAUAUCGAUAUAAUCAAGACAAUGAUAAUGAUAAAGCAUUAGAAUAUAUUAUGAAAAGUGUGAAUAUACGAAAAACAAAUAUUUCAUCGCUGCAAAAACGUAAAAACUAUAUAUCAUGCUUAGAAAUACUAAGACAAAUCUGUGGAAAAAUUCAUACAAAUAUUUGGUCAGAAUAUGCGGAUCAAUUUCGGAAAUUAUCCGAUACCGAAGAUAUUGACCUACUUUCUCGGUACAAACAAGCACUUGAUACGCCAGACAAUAUACGAAGAUCACAUUUUAAACACAACUAUAAUAUUAGUGAAUCAAGUAAGUUUUUAGAAUAUUCAUUAAAAACAUUGACAUUCAUGUCAAACACAAAUCACACAAAUUACGAGAACAUUAUUCAAGCACAUAUUGAUAUUGCACACGCUUAUGCAAAUACAAAAGAUUGUCACUGGUCACGUCAACAUUGUGAAAAAGCUUUAGAAAUAUAUCAAACAAAUGCCCUUAAUAAUCCAAAACUUAUGUCAACAGUUUUUGAGUUGUUGUCCAAUACAUACUUGCAUAACAAUAAUUUUGACGAGGCAUUUAAUUUGCGAAUGAACGCAUUAACCACUGAUGACACUACACAUCAUUUAGCGCCAAGAGAAAAAGAAGCACAAUGUUAUUUCGAUCUUGGUUACGAACUUUUAGGUACGAAUCCUGAUAAAGCACUUGAAUUUACCAAUAAAUCAUUAGAAAUUCGACUAGAAAUUUUACCAGAAGAUCAUGUUGCAAUCGGCUUUUGUUAUCAAGAUAUUGGUACUGCUUACGAAAACAAAUCUAUGUUUGAUGAAGCAAUAAAGCAUUACAAAGAGGCAAU